AUGUCUGAGAACGGAGCCGACAAAACUGGAGCUAGCGACGCCACUGGAGCCGGUGAUCAGCAACAAGGCGAGUACAUCAAACUGAAGGUGGUCGGACAAGUAUGUUUUUUGCUUAUUUUGUUGUAUUUUUAGAUCUUUAACUUGAUUUGAACGUUAUGUUAAGGAUAGUGUUGUUUUGGAGCUUCUAAAAGAAAAUUUUUAUAUAAAAAGAUGUUAAGUUAUCUAAAACAAAAGAAAGGGCAUUUUUUGUGUAGAGUUUUACUCCUUUGAAAAACGAAGACGAGUGCAGGUUAAUCCUAGCUUCUGCUCUGAUUUUUUACUUACAAAUCGAGUCUAUAUUUUUCUUAUUAGCUCUAGUUUUUGAUGUAGAUCAAACUACAGCUAAUAAAGAAUUUCUGGUUGGAUUUUGCGGAUGUUUAGACUUAUAAUUAAAAUUCACCUUUUUAGGACGCCAAUGAAGUACAUUUCCGUGUCAAGUUUGGAACCUCGAUGGGCAAGCUGAAGAAGAGUUACGCCGAGCGGACGGGUGUUCAGAUUGGAUCUCUCCGUUUCUUGUUUGAUGGCCGUAGAAUCAACGACGAAGACACUCCAAAGACUUUGGGUAUGGAAGACGACGACGUUAUCGAAGUAUACCAAGAACAGGUCGGCGGCUUCUAA